UCGGGUUGAUGCAACAGUGCUUUUACAGCUUUAUAGAUCGAUGGACAGGCGCUGAUGCUGAGCCGCUGAGCCACGGAGCGCACUGCGUGGAAGCUGCUGGGCGCGACGGACCGCUCAGGGGGACAUUCUCAGAAGUAUUGACCGAAAAGUACCAGCUCACUCCUCUCGCCUCGCCUAGUUCUUCGGGUUCUUGCUAGUGUCUCCGGUCCAAAUUGAAGGUCAGUCCCGCAGGUUUGACGGCGUUAGAGAUGGAUGAGUAGCCAGCUUCACUUCCCCGCGCGCACGAUGUGGUCCAGCGGCGUGGCCAUUGCCUCCCUCUACGCUGCGAUCAGCGUGCUGGGGCUGUUCGGCAACAUCACGCUCAUUAAGACCUUUUGCUCUGCGAAAUCCACCCGGAAUGUGCCGAACCUCUUCAUGUCGAGUCUUGCUCUUGGAGACGUGCUGCUGCUGGUGACCUGCGCUCCGGUAGACGCCAGCCGCUACCUGUCAGAGAAGUGGCUUUUCGGGAGAGUGGGUUGUAAAGUCAUCCCCUUCAUCCAGCUCACCUCUGUUGGGGUGUCAGUGUUCACGCUCACAGCCCUCUCUGCAGACAGGUAUAGGGCCAUUGUGAAGCCUCUGGACAUCCACACAUCCAGCACCACUACCAAUAUUGUCCUGCGUGCAGCACUUAUCUGGAUCUUGUCCCUGGUCUUGGCGAUCCCAGAGGCUGUGUUCUCGGACCUACACACCUUCAACAUCACCUCCACCAAUGAGAGUUUUGUGACCUGCGCCCCGUAUCCCCCUGGGGAACUGCAUCCUAAAAUUUACUCCAUGGCCUCUUUCCUGAUUUUUUACAUUAUUCCCCUGCUGGUCAUAUCCAUAUACUACACCUUCAUUGCCCGGAGCCUGAUGAGGAGCGCCUCAGACAUGCCUGUGGAGGGGAAUGUGCAUGCAAGAAGACAGGCUGAAUCUAGAAAGCGUCUGGCCAAGACAGUCCUUGUAUUUGUUGGGCUCUUUGCAGUUUGUUGGCUUCCCAGUCACAUCAUCUACCUGUAUCGCUCCUAUCACUACUCUGAGGUGGACACCUCACUAGUUCACUUUGUGUGCAGCAUCCUUGCUCGCAUCCUGGCCUUCACCAACUCCUGCCUCAACCCCUUCGCACUUUACCUGCUAAGCAAAACCUUCAAGAAACAGUUCAACCAGCAGCUGUGCUGUUGCUGCCCCGUGGUCCUCAAGCACUCCUCGCAGAGCCCUGCGCAUUACAACACGCAUGUGACUUCUGUCCACAGCACACAUCACUCCAUGGCGAGUCUGAGCGUGGUCAAUGGGCAACAACACCAGGAGGACUUUGUGUAAGUGUGAUGGAUGACAGACAUGUACAGUAUAGGCUCCUUUUAGUCAAAUACUACAUUCAAGCUCCAGCAUGCACUAUAAAUUACUGAAUCUUCAGCUUUUAAAUGUAGGAAUUUGUAAAAGUACAUAUUUAAUCCAGCCACUUUCUGGUCUGACGUCACUGUAAACCAUUUUGGAAUUAGCAAGCUUGCAAACAACAUCUAUAAACAUCUUUGUUUGAAGUCAGUUGCAGUAAUACAGUAACUGUGAAACUAUAUAAGUUGUUGGCAUUAAGUUGUACAAUGCUUAUGAAGUUUUAAUCAGUGUUGAAUAUUUAUUAUUGGUCCAAAUGUGUGUUCUUUGUUCAGGCAAUGUGUGUUUUUGCUUUUGUAGUGUACAGUACACGAAGAGAGUGUAACUGACAGCAUAUAUAACUUGUUUCUGUAUAUAUUAAAUGAAGUAGCAUCGUUCGAUGUAAACCCAUCAGGCAUUUCAACGUUGAAUCAUCAUCAUCAACCAAUGUCAUGAUUAUGGUUGAAAAUCAUUAUUGUUUUGAAAGGUGAAUCAAUGUUGAUGUGGCAACGUCAACGCUAUUUCAACGUCUUCCUUUCAAGGUUACAUCGUUCCUAAUUAAACUGACAUCAUUUCAACCAUAUUUUUACCUUGAAUGUCGUGUGACUGCUGGGAAGCAUCAGUUUGUACUUCAUACUAUCGGUACAUAAGAAAAGUGGACUUUUGUGUGUGUCCCUGUAUUGUAUACUGUAUUACUUGUAAUGUUUCUAACUUUAUUUGUUGAUUGUCUUUAUACAUAAUACUGUGCUCCAUAUGAUUAUUCCGCUCUGUCACAGGGCAGGUUUUACAGCCGCUCUGUCACAUCAUGUCCUAACUUGGUGUUCCUUUGGGAGAAGGGGAUUGUGCCAUGGCUGUGAUGAGGUGGUGCAUGACUUGGUCUGGAUAGCAUUUGUUUAAUUACAGUGAGGGAAGAUUGCCAAAUUUCUGCUCUGCGUAGCCUCAACUGUCUAUUAAACAUAUUAUCUUAAUUGUCAAACUUACUCUGAGAAGCAUUGAAAAUGUAAAUAAUUGUUAUUCUCCUUUUGUUUUAAACAGUGAGCCCAAUAAACAAACCAAAAAAACAAAGUUGCAUGAAAAUA